AUGAAUCUGACAAUAACAACUAGUGAAGAUGUAUUGGUAGUAAACUUCAGCAACGAAAUUGUCAAAGAAUUUGAUUUGGAAUCAGAAUUCUACAGCAAUUUUAGUAUUGUUCUAGGUGUAGCAGAUGCUAAAAAGGUGUUCAUACAAAGACAAAUAACAGCACAGAGCAUCAUUCUCGAAGAUACAGCGAUUGAAAUGAAGAAGACAAAAGCUCAACCGAAAUCAGUAGAACCUAUCUUAGCUUCCAUGCAUGUACGGUGCACUUCCAUUCAGGAUAGCAUAAUAAUCGCAAUACGGUAUGAUUGA